AUGAAGGAACCUCAGCUUCCCUCUGAAAUCGAUUCAAUUCAAAUUCAGAGACUAAAGCUGAAUCCAUCCGGUAUUGUCAUAUCUGAUCGUUCCCUUCCUGCAACUCUCCCGCUACUUUGCGCCCCAUUGUUUUACUGCAAUGAACCACGCAAGGAUAAACCUCCGCCGCAAGUCUCUCUCGCAACAGUCGAACCACAGUUGAAUAUGCACCAAUAUAAUGGCCUAUUCGACACGACAACCUCAACCCCUGAAAGGCAGGCCAGCACCGUAGCGGAUAGUGUACCCGAUGCAACGUCUCGCUCACCAACUAUGACGAACGGAUCUUCCACGGCAGCGGAAUGGUCCUCAGCCGUCGGGCACGCCAUGACCGGUAAAUCCGGCAGGGUUAUCCAUAACCUCCAAGAGGACAUUGCGCGUUUAACCCGCGAAUGUAGCCUUUAUCGGUCUCGAGCGGAAGAGGCACAACGGAUGAAUGAGGCGCUCAAGCAGCAACUGCAGACAGUAAUAGACCGCCUGAGGCACUCAGAGCAGGCUUAUGAGAUGAACCUUGCCGCUGUUGAGCGAAAGGACAGAAAGAUCGAAGACCUCAAGGCAGAGGUUCUUAACGAGAAACAAAGACGGAUACAAGCCGAGGAAGAUGCACGGAAAACUACGCAACUCGCCACAGAGGAACGAAAUGAGCAUCAUCGAGCCCUUGCCGAAGCGCAAGAGACCGCUCAACAAGCACAGUCUCAAUAUGAGACCCUGGCUCAAACUCGUUUGAGGGAUAAGCGAGAAUAUCAGUCUCGCUUCAACAGGUUCCGCAAAGAAUUAGGAGAGCUUUCUGCCCGAGAGAUAGAAAGACGGAAUCAGCUCAAUCGAAUCGAUGUCAUUGUCGAGCAGAAAAAUCGAGAGAUUGCUGCGGGCCGCGAUCGUAUGGAACGGUUCAGCCGAUUAUUUGAAGAGUACAAGCUGGACAGAGAUGAGAACAUGAGGAAGCUUAUUGAUAAAGGCUAUCAGAAUGACCUCGCAAUUGAUGAAGCGGUUGCAGAAGCACUGAAGGUAUCAGAAAAGAUGAAAUGGGCGAUGAAUGUGAAGAAAACAGUCAAGGGAGAAGAGUAG